AACAAGCGCUCCGGAGCCGCGGCUUCCUGGAAAGGCAGCCCGGCUGGGUGACGGGCAGCGGCGAUAAGCGGCGGCUAUCGGGGCCCUCCCGGCGGGCCCGGCCUUUCCGCGCCGCCGGCAGCCGCGGGGAGAGGUGCGGAGCCGUUCUCCGCGCCCCGCCGCCCAGAGGGCAGGUAGGAAACACCUGGCCGCGGAGGAGAGCGGAGCCGAUCCCGUCGGGGAACGGUCCCGGGGGGGUGGAAGGCAGGGUGCCGGCUCCGGACGGGGAGAGGAGGCGUCCCGCCGAGCCCCCCGCCCUGCCCGGCGGCGGGAGGUACCGGGCAGGGACGCGUCGGUAACGGCGCUUCGGGCAGCCGGCAGAGAGAGGGGAUCCGAGACGCGGGGGGCAACGGGGAGGCAACGGCACCGCAUCGGUAGGAGCCGAUAAACUUCCUGGCUGGCCACCAUGUCGGUCAAGCUCACAUUUGUCUCUCCCAGCGAUGGGGGUGGUAUCAGCAGGAGCUGCUCCUUCACUGGAUUCAGCACUGUGCAAAGCAGAAAAUUAGCAAAGUCUCUUGGCAGAAGUUCGGUGAGAUCAAGAAUGUCACUGAAGUCCCCCAAGGCUUAUAAUUCCCUGCAGAAGGGGGCAGUCAUCUGGGAUCCAAAGCCACUGCAGGUGAAGAAAAUUUUUGAAGCUUUGAAGAAAGGACUUAAUGAAUACUUGGAAGCACAUCAGGCUGAAUUGGAUUAUCUCUCGGGUCGACACAAAGAUACCAAAAGGAACUCCAGAUUGCCUCUGCUAUUUCUCUUUCAGGCUUUCUACUAUGACCUGGAUAAGCAAAUCCGCUCUGUGGAGAGAUACAUCAGAAAACUGGAGUUUCACAUUAGCAAGGUAGAAGAACUCUAUGAAGCUUACUGUAUCCAGUGCAGGCUACGAGAUGGGGCCACUAAUAUGAAACAUGCCUUUUCCUUGUCUCCUUCCACCAAAGCCUCCAGAGAGAGCCUAGUGGAGCUUUACAAGAACUUCCAAGAGUGCACAGAGGACAUGUGCUUUAUAGAAGGGGCAUUGGAGGUCCAUUUGGGAGAGUUUCACUUGAAGAUGAAAGGGUUGGUGGGCUUCGCACGUCUCUGCCCAGGGGACCAGUAUGAGGUGUUUGUGCGACUGGGACGCCAAAAAUGGAGGUUGAAAGGCAAAAUUGAGACAGAUGACAGCCAAACGUGGGAUGAGGAAGAAAAGAUUUUUAUACCCAAUCUCCAUGAGAAGUUUGAAAUCAAGGUGACAGAGCUGCGAGGACUGGCUACUAUUCUAGUUGGUGUCGUGACAUGUGACAGCAUAAACUUCUUUACAACCAAGCCUCAGGCAAUCAUUGUGGAUAUAACUGAACUGGGCACCAUCAAGCUACAGCUGGAGGUCCUCUGGAACCCCUUCGACACAGAGAACCUGUUUUUGUCCCCUGGAACCACUGCCAAGUUUUCUGUGGGCAGCAGGAAGAGCUCUUUGUACAACUGGACUCCACCAAACACUCCCAGCUUCAGAGAGAAAUACUACCUGUCUCUUCUGCAGCAAAGGCAGAACCAAGGGGAUGUCACGGAUGAAGCUCGCCCUCCCAGCAUAUUGAGCUACUUGGCUGCCUGUGAUUUCGAUGUACACGGGAGGAGCAAGCCCCACACUCCUGCAGAGACCAGCGAGGCAGACUCCUUCAGCUCCGAGGAUCAGAAAGGGACAGAAUCCAGAAAUACAACUCCAGGUCUAGACCACGGGACUUUGCCAUCGGUGAUUAUUCAAGAGACUGGUGCAGAAGAGCAACAGCAUCCUCUUCCAAAUCGCACGACUCUAGAUAUCCUGAAGAAGACUCCAUGUGCGGACGGAUUGCCAAACAACCCACCUGGUUUUCUGAAUCGUCACAAAGGUAGCAGAGAUCCUUUCAACCAGACCAGAAAUCGCUGUCUGACAGAGCAAGACAUUAGCCAGAAAAGCUUGAAUGCUGCAAAUGACCUGAAACUAGAUGGACAUACAAAGUCAAUUGAUAAGACUCUCCAAGAAGUGUUAAAUUUGCUGAAAUCACAUAAUGUGGGGCAAGCCCAACUGGAGAAAUUGGAAUACCAGGUUUCAUCUCUGAGGGAUAAAUUAAAGCUAAAGGCACCUCAUCACAAACAUUCAUCUAUGGAAAGUUUAAUGGUGGAGACGGUGCUGGAAAGUUUUGACUUUCUAAACGCUGACUGUAGCGCUGAUGAGCUUUCGUUGUUUGGAAGCAUAAGAACAGCCAGCAUCAGCACAUACAAUGACAACACGCUUCAAUCCCUCAGCUGUGACACAAGAACAGAGACAAGAGAUGUAACUACUGGUGAUGACAACUUAGACACACUUUUGAUAACUCAUCUGAAGCUCUGCAAAGCUCUUCUGCAGAAACUGAGGUCGCCAAAUGUAGCCCAGGUUGUCCAAGAGAGCAUUUUGGAAGAAGUAUCAGAGCAGACACGAGUCCUGGGGGACGUCUUGGAUAUGUCUGUUGAAGAAAUUAUUCAGAAGACUAAAAAGAAGAAGCACUAUCUGAAAAUCUGGAGUGAUCUCGCAGAGCCUGGCAGCGUCUUGUUUGCUUCAGCAGAAAGAUUCUGUCAUGCACUGAAAUACACACUGACACUCAAAGUGAAGGAGAAAUACCCUGGUCAAUUAGAAGCAGUGUUGCAGAGGCUGCAAGAACAGAUCAUGACCUGUGAUGGGUUGCUCCCCUCUCCCUACCUCCAGACAGAACCGGUUACUUUAUUCCAAUUUUACAGCUACCUGGAGAAACACCACAUCACCAGCCUGGAGAAACACUUGGGGAAACUCGCAAAAGAAGUGAUGCUGAUCGAGGAGCUGCAAUGCCCCGGGCGGCUGAAGACUCUUAAAAAACUGAAAGGAAAGAGACUGAACAAACUGCAGCCUCUGGCGCAGACGCUGCGGCUCCUGGGGACCCUGCAGCUGGACGACAACCACCGCGUCAGCAAAGCUGCCACCUCCUGCCUCUCCCGCGCCGCGGCCAACAGGAGCUUCAGGGAAAGGGCUCUCCUUUUUUACACUGAUGCUUUAAGUGACUGUGAUGCAAGACUUCAGCAAGCUGCGUGUUUGGCCCUUAAAAACCUCAGAGGAGUGGAGAGCAUUGAGCAGGUUGCCCACCUGUGCCAGUCUGAAACAGAGGAGGUCAGGAACGCAGCCAGGGAAACCACACUCUCCUUUGGUGAGAAGGGCCGACAAGCCUUCGAGAAAAUGGACAGGAUUUGCUGUGAAUUGAGAGAAACCGUCCAACAGGAGGCGGAAAUUGAAAUCACCGUGUUUUAGUAGUGGAGUAUGAGGAGCUGAAUGACGUUGUCCUCACAGCCACAAAUGGGUACCCAGGGUUUGGUUUUUGUUGUUUCUCAGUGUCUGGGUGACUGUCCCCACUGUGUCCCCCUGCCCAAGGACAGGGCACGGGGGGGGGGCAGCUUCCAGCCCCCACCAAAGGGACUGUGGGACGCUCUGUCUCUUGGCACAGGGGGAAGGAUGAAGUGCUCAACAGGUUAAAAACCAGGAUCUCCUAGAACAUGGAACCAGGGUGUCACUUGAGUAUUUUAAUAUCCCCAUCUCACUGGACUUAUCUGUCCCUGCUCAAACUGGAAGUCAAAUAGGAUCUAUUUUCCCACAAAGUAUGUUAUUAAUUUGGCAUUUCUCAAAGAGGAGAGACAUCAUCACUCUCCAACAGUCCAUCUAGAAACCAGCAGACAACAGAUCACUUACAUCAGCUGCUGUGUAUAUCAGAAACAUCGAGCCCCAGGGCUUGGUGCUUUCCUUUUUUGUACUAUUUAGUUGCGGAAGGGAAAACUUGUUACUUCAACAGCCAAUUUCUUUGCAAUUAUUGCAAUUUAGGACAGGUUCUAGCAGGGCCACAUGGCUGUACCGUGUCCAUCCCCAGCAGUUCUCAACAGGAAGGUACGUCUUGUCUGUGCCACGGACACGUGCACAGCUCUAUGGUGUUUUGAUGAGGUCUUUUUUUUUUUUAAAAAGAAAUUAUUAAUUUAGUCAUAGACCAAGACUUCUCAUAAUCAUAGACCCAGUGUCAGGCUCCUCAGUUCCCUUAGUGGAGGGUGGCCAUAAGGAGGUGCCUGGCUUCAGGUAAAUACUUGAAAGGGUUUGGCUUGUGUGUAUAUAUUUUUUUAUAUAUAUAUAACUUUUCUAUUCAGUAUUUAUUUGUUGGAUUUCAUACUGUUUUCUAAAAUUCUAAUAAAACUUUUGAGACAA